UAUGAUCGGAGUCAUCCAAUUUUAGGGGAUGCAAAGUGAGAGGGAAAUGUGCCAGAUAUGAGGUAGCUGUUCUGAUUAAAAGAACUAGCUACUUAGCUUCGCAGUUAGCUGCAAUUUCCGCGGUAUUAGGUAAUAAAUGACAAAUGAAGGGAGGGAGAAUCUUUAGGUGCAGCAAACGCUCCUCCUCGCGUAGAUUUUACAGCCGCUUACAGUCUACAACCAUAUAAUGCUGCCCUGGAAGAAGAAUAAAUUUGACUUGAUCGAGGAAGACAAGCAGUCGAAGCAGAAGGGUUAUGCCGUGAGUCUGAACUACUCUGCGCUGACCUCCUUUGCUAAGUCUUGCCCGGAAAGUGCACUAAACAGAGUAGGGAACAUGUUCAAAUCUAAGCGGAAAAAGGUCAAAAUCACCAGCGAGGACCCUACUUAUACGGUCCUGUAUCUGGGGAAUGCCACCACCAUCCAGUCCAAAGGAGAUGGUUGUACCGACGUGGCGGUCAGCAAGAUCUGGAGCAAAAGCGAAAUGGGCAAGAAUGGCACAAAAAUGAAGCUGACCAUCAGCUCGCAGGGUAUACGGAUGGUGCAUGUGGACGACAAGGCACGGAGACCGGGACACUUGUAUUUACUGCACCGGAUAACCUACUGCGUUGCUGACCCGAGGCUUCCCAAGGUUUUCGCUUGGAUCUACAGGCAUGAGAUGAAGCACAAAGCGGUAAUGCUGAGGUGCCACGCAGUGCUUGUGUCCAAACCGGAGAAGGCGAAAGCAAUGGCGCUCCUUUUGUAUCAGACAUCGGCGACUGCCUUAGCUGAGUUUAAAAGGCUGAAACGAAGGGACGAUGCAAGGCACCAGCAGCAGCAGCUCAUAGGAGAGCAAACGAUUCCACUGGUGCCCCUCAGGAAGCUUUUGAACGGACAGUGCUAUUACAAACCCCCGGUUGAGCGCAGCAGGAGCGCACCGAAACUUGGGUCUAUCACAGAGGACCUGCUGGGGGAAGAGGAAGAGGAAAAGGCGAUGCACUUUGAGUGCGAGGACAUUCUGGACACCGACGAUGAUUGCUUGGACAAUGGUAAGCAAGAGCUUUCUCAGAUUAUCAACGAUCUUGGCGAGAUGUGCAUUGGAAAUGACGUUCAGACAUUGAAAGCCGACCUUCGGGUCACUCGACUGCUCUCAGGCGAGAGCACGGGGAGCGAAUCAUCGAUAGAGAGCAACCAGGAAACCAGUCCUGUUACCAACGGAUUCGAGGAGGGCAAAAUGCAGGAAAUUGGUUGACUGUGCAUCACCAAUUUUGUCUGAACCAAAAAUUGCCUCAGCUAUAAAUGAUUACCUUUUUAUUUAAUGUACUGUCCAUCACAAGGGUUGCGUAUGCUUGUGGUAUUGUGCCUCCUCAUCCAAACGACUUGAAUGAUAUUUUAAAGAUUAAAGGUAUGUUAGAUUGUGGAUAAAGUCCCAUAGUGACACACUACACAUUUUCUGAAGGAUUCUCCAACGAGCACAACAGCAGGAAGGAAUGACCGUAGGUCUGGCAAAGUUGUGCGGUGCGAUUCGAAAUACUUGCUCGCUGCGGUGGUCAUCACUCUAAUUUAUUAGGAGGGUUUUGUUUCGGAGACGCCUGUUUACCCAGUCGUUUUCCUUUGAAGAAAUGCCGAACUCUUCAACGGUCCUGAACAAGACAACUCGCAUGUUCAAAACGCUUCCCCGUUGAUCCACCAGCGGGAAACAUACACU